UGGCUUGCCUGUGUUAUCUGAGGCUCUCCUUCCUUCCUGUCUUUCUUGGCGGGAGCUUCGAAGAGGAGUGGACGCAGGGGUCGGCAUGAAAGCACCUGUCAAACGUUUCAGGUUGGAACCUCUGGAUUCAGCUGAACCAGUUUCUAAGAAGCAACGCAGUGGAGACAUCAUGUCGGAAUUGGAAGACUUUGAUCAAAUCAACGAAAAUAUGACAUUUUUGACAAAAUGCGUUGCUGAGCUUCAUAGAAUGGCGAAGGAAUUGCACACCCGUUAUAUACAUUUUAAGGAAUAUAAAAAGAAGGUGGAACAAUGCUUUUCGCGUGCGAAUUUUUCGGCUCUUUAUAAUGAAAUGAAAGGAAGGAAAAUGUAUGUGCUGCCCACACCCCCUGGCCAGCCUCAGAUAAGUAGAAGGUUGUCCAGGAGAGGGAAAGGAGAUCGGAAGAAGCCCACGCCCGGAGGCCUGUACUGGAGGAGACAUAAAGUGGUCAACAAGGCGAGGAAAACUCUUGCCCUUUCCAAAAGUAACCGAAAACGUAAAUGGGCUCCGUACUCAAGGGUGGCAGACCCAACUUCUUAUUCUACCAGUGAAAGCAGAGAGAGGGAAGGGCAUUCUCCUGAACCCUCCGAGGGGGAACGCCAACCCCAACAGGUAGACUCCCCAUCUAAUGAAGGAGAGUGCCAUCCUCAACAGGUAGACUCUCCAGGUAAUGAGGGAAAGUGCCAUCCUCAACAGGUAGACUCUCCAGGUAAUGAGGGAAAGUGCCAACCUCAACAGGUAGACUCCCCAUCUAAUGAGGGAGAGUGCCAACCUCAACAGGUAGACUCUCCAGGUAAUGAGGAUGAUGGGUCACCCCCUGUGGUUGUGAAACCUGUGCAGUCAUGGCGUACUACAUCUCCUAAAUGUAAUUCAUUGCAUAUUGGGGUGGCAUACAGUUUCCGCAAAUCAGUAACCCAGAGACCAUACACUCAGAUUGUACACUCGUUUUACGCUGUUAUCCAAGGCCGUUUAGGUGAUCUGAACCAGAGGAUUGAUCCACAAAAUUGUGUUAUUGUGAGAAUACAAGCCUCGGGGUUACAAAAUCCCAUCAUCUUUUUAAAAAGAUGUGGCAAUGUCUUUAAUGAGGAGUUGUUUCUGGCCCAAUUGAGCCGUAAUUUGCAAAGCAACAUGGAAAUAUGUGCGCAUGCGGAUUUUAACCUCAUAUUCACCAUAGCAACACCACGACAGGGUGGUGCGCAUUGAAAUCGGGGGUCCAUUCCUGCCAGUGAACUAAUUCACAGGAAGAGGCAUUAAAUUGUAAUAGAACCAUUAAGUUUAAUGUUUAAAGAGGAGAAAAUUGAGAACUAAAUGGGUAGCAGCUUAUUGUUAUAUUCGUUGUUAUUGUCAGGAUUAAUUUAGUUAUGUAUGUGUUUUCAAUGUGCUUCUAUGUAUUUCCAAGAUGGAUUCCACUGUGUAUUAGAAAUGCUGUGCAGAUUGUUUAUUCCGUGAGGCUGUGAUUAUGUAACCUUGAGGGAAGUAAGAUAAUGCUUGCUCUUGCUGGGAACAGAAGGGAGUAACUAGUCUCAGCAAGAAGAGAUAAGCAGGUGUGAAGAGACUUUCGUUUUGACUAGUUCCUGGAUUGUAGCUCGCUGUAGUAAGACGUGUCUUUUGAAUGUGCUUAGUAAAACUUAGUUUCUUUUGUAACUAAAAGACUGCAGAGUCCUUAUUUUGCAACACAGUGUCUGCUGAUCCAGCAAUCCUUCUGCUGUGCACCGCCAAACUCUGACAGUUAUUCUGGAUUAGAGUCUGCAAAAUGCUAAUAUGCUUAAUGAUGAUUCUAUGAAGGUGUGAAGUAUAUGUAUCUGUCUUUUUAAACACCAUGGGCUUUCCCUUCCCAUAUAUUGUCGCAUUUUUGGAAAAAAAUGUCAAUUUUAUAUUCUGAUAAUUAAAAAAAUAUUUUAAAAAAGAGAAA